UGCGCCGACUUACUCACGGUAGCGAUUAAUCCCCUAUCGUUGCAAUUUGAGUGAUGUAGAGAUGUUAGUUCUUCAGGAGCUUGAAGAAUGUAGGUCUUGCCCUCAUAUUUGGAGAUAGUUUCCUCUCCUAUGUAGGGCGUUGUCUUUCUUAGUGCGACAUUUUCUUGCCUGCCAGGCACAGUUGCAUCGUCCCAUGUAAACGCGGCCUGCCGCUGGACACUCUGUAUUAUUUCUCCUUUCCUCUAAUACAUCGGCACGCAAGCCUUUUGCGUGUCCGCAAAAAAAAAAAGGUCUUGCCCUUCGUACCUAGACUUGUUUUGGUCGAGUGCUUUAUGCAGGGUCGGCAGAUACGGUAGAAAUAAAGAAAACAUUGGUUCGAGAGCAAACAUGCCAAAGGCCAACAGAACUUUGUGAUUUCAUUUCACUGAAUUAGGUACAGAAACAAGGUGAAAGAGAGAAAGGAGUUUGCUUCUUCUCUUAUCGGCUCAUUUGGUUUCAUGGUCUCCCCCGGGGAUCCUGACCUUUUUCCGGUGCGUGAAAACCACGUGGAAUCUCUGGCCAGGGAGAACCAGCGCCACAUUUGGACGACCCGAUCCAUGGGUCGGCCCAGCCCGAACCCUCCUCUUUUCCCGGGCAGAAGUUCCACGCCUACGCACUCGUGGCGAAUCUCCCCGUGCCGUCUCCCUCGCGACGAUGCGACUCGCAGCUCGUCCUGGCGAAGCUGCGGCUCCUCUUGCCUGGACCACCAAAUGACCAUCCAAAACAGGAGAACUCCCCCGUGGAAGCUCAUGUGCCGUUGAAAUUUCCCUCUCGGGGUUUACUGCCCUGGGUUGUCCUCCCGCAGCCACCAAACAAAGCCUAAAAGGCAAGAAGUUGUCACUGGGUUGGGAGAUCAUCGGAAUAUGUUGGUGUCCUAUGACCGUUAUGUGGUUACGAAGGUAAUAAAAAGGAAAACGAGGAUAUGCAGGGCGAAUUGCACAAGGGGAGGCGUUGGAGCAUCCGAAGCGACCACGGAAAGGGCUGUUUUGUGAUAUAUUAAAAAAGUGUGAGACAACAUUACGAAUUUUGAAACUUGGCAGGAUGGGGCAUCAGGGAGGAGACAAAAGCACGAUGAUGGCAGCCGGGUAGGAGGAUGAGGCCUUCCAUAACUUCGACACAUUGCAGACACGAAUUUGCUUAGGGGGAGGUAUAAAAUUUGUUGGCAUGCAAAGUUGAGGGUGCGAAUUUUGAUUUUGAAGUUGAGGGACCAAAUUAACAUGCGCUAGUUGAUGAGUUGAGGGACGAAAUAUGAAAUUAUUUCUUAUACAUAAUAAAGGAUUACAUUCUUGGCCAGUCUAGGAUAACCGAGAUAUCCGUGAGUGAAUCGAGAUCCCAAACUGCACAUACUCUUGUCUUUGUAGAUGGCCAAUUGACAUAAAUCAUGUGCCACCUCAUUCAACUAUCUCCGAGCAUCUUGUGCCUUGAACUUCUUGCGUUGGGCAGAUCACUGCCAUAAUUCAGCCCAUCUUGAUCUUCAAAAUCUACUAUUUGUGCCAGUGCCAUAACUCAGUAGGAAAAUGAACCUGCAACAUGUUCUAGACAAAAUAUCUCCUUUCUAGAGAAAACUUUUCAAUGUUUCCAAAGAAUAAUAAUGUCAACAUUGUUGAUUAAAUUUCCCCAAAAAAACAUUGUUGAUUAAAAAUCAUUCUACCAGCGCCAAUAAAUAUUUUAUCCGUCUAGUUCGAGAAAAUUGCUCAUGUAUCCAAGUUAAAGGUACGCACAUCUCGUUUUGUACUCUCAAAACAAGUGCAGAAUCGCUAGCUCCCCAAAUUUUACAAACUAGCAGAAAUUUGCUUCACCUAAAAAAAGGCAAAAAAAUUGCUUCACCUAAAAAAAAUUGCUUAGAAAAUGUUCUGGAAAGUAGAACUGUCGAAAAAUGAUAAACAAGUAGAAAGUCAACCUAUGAGCCCUGAUCUGGUGUGUGUUGCCGGUUCUAUGCCCGCAGACACGCUAGCUACUAUGGCGCCAACUGGCAUAGGGUACCGUGUUCAUUUGUCCAUAUUUUGUCAAACUUGCAUAUGUACUGCAUUUGUUUUGUAUGCCUUGUAAUGCCAAUACCGUAACAUGCGAUACAUAAUACGUAUAUACAAGAAUACAUACGCUACUAGCUAAAACUGCGCUUUACACCGGCGCUUACGCACCGCGAAAAGGACGCCUUCAAAAUACGGCCGGGAUGCUCCUCGGUGCCAUCGCCUCCUUGACCGUGGAUACGGAGAGAGACUCUCGCUGUCCGAGCGACAGGUGCGCUCACGCAGCGCAAGCACAAGGCUGCAAGCAACAGCGUCCAACGAGAGCUACGCCCCUCAUUUAUCUACCCGCGUUCGUACACCAUCGCGAUCCCAACCACCGUCUCCCAUGAUUUGUUUACGCGAAUCUCUACAUGCGCGAAAGAUCAAUCAUACCGGUCUCUGUCGAAACUGCCGGCCCCGGCCACCUCCGGUUGCGGGCCGGCCAUGGACAGCAGCCGCCACGACCACGCGCUCCCUUCCUUGUUCGCGGGUCAAACGGCGUGCGUAUAUAAGAUCCCGUCCAUGGCCGCGCUCGAUUGGAGGUUGCACCGUUCGUUUGUUUGUUAUAGAACUCAUAGCUACAGAUAGCUCCUUGCACGGCGGCGAGAAGAUUAGGUAGCUAGCUAGCACCGGGUCGGCGGCGAUCUAGAGGAUGAGGAUUUCGAGGCCGUACUCGGGGGUGUCCAGAAGCGGGGCGACGGCGAGGACGGGGCCGCACGCGCUGCCGCUGGCGCGGAUCAAGAAGAUCAUGAAGCGGUCGGCGGGGGACGGCAGCGGGGGCGACGGCGCCGGGGCCAGGAUGAUCUCGGGCGAGGCGCCCGUGGUGUUCUCCAGGGCGUGCGAGCUGUUCGUCGCCGAGCUGACGCAGGCCGCCUGGGCCGCCACGCUCGAGGGCCGGCGCCGGACCGUGCACGCCGAGGACGUCGCCGCCGCCGUCAGGGACACCGACCUCUUCGACUUCCUCGUCGACGUCGUCAAGCCCAGGCCAGGUGACGACGGCGUCGGCGACGGAGUCGGCCUCGCGCCGGCCGCCGGUGUCCACGGCGGCGCGCUCGACUAGAAACUUGUCGGUGCAAUGCAUGCAUGCAUGCAUGCGCGCUCGUCGUGGCUUGUGGAAUCAAACUGUGCCGCGAUUAAUUGCACUAAUUCCGUUCAUGUUGAUUUUACCUGCUCUACUGCUGCCAAUACAAGCAGAAUGACGCAGCGGUGCAACUAGCACGAUUUGAUUAACUUGUACUACCGCACACUACACUGGAACUGUAUUUCUACAUUUGUCGUUCCAUUUCUACUGUUGUUAAGGAAUAUUUGAAGAUUUUUCAUUGCUACGAAAUCAAUAGAGAAUCUGUCUUUUAUACAAAAGGUUUUCGUUGAUUACAAGCUAUUGGAGAGGUUCAUGACAUUUUUCUAUGAUGUAACCAAACGACUUUUUGGUGACAAUUUGUGUAAUGUCCAAACCCUUACAAACGAAAAGGCAAAGCUAUUCUGUCCUUGCAUCUCUAGGAUCUGGCAAGUCAAACAAGCUGCAACAUCAACUAAAUAAACAUGCUGCAAUAUGACAAAAUUACUAGAAUGAGUGCACCCAUUUUCUAGAAUUUAGUAAACAUAUAUUUGUAAAAUUUGAAUAAUCCCGGA